UUUUAAAUCUUUGUUUCUCCUUCCAGUCCCAGUGAAAAAGUCCCUGGAUGUGACCAGGGAUCAGUGGAGCAUCUUGCAUGUACAAAAGCACUCUGAGCCACAGGGAAUGAUGGAGGUCUGGAAACAAGGUGGAGGAAGGGAAGGAGACCAGAAGGUGGGGCCUCAUUGAGGUGUGCCCUUAGGGAGGGCCCAAACUGAGAUACAUCUUAAGAGCCCUGAUCUUAGCAAGUUUGUCUCAGGGAGUAGCAAAGAAAGAAGCAUCAAAGGAGAGCAUCUCUGAGAGUGGUCCUGGGUACUAGACCCCACAAAGUCUCUCCCAUCCUCAUAGCCAUCAAAGAACAAAAGUCCCUCUGGAAUUCAGGUGGUUGGAGGUGAGGAUGCCAAGGAGGGCACAUGGCCCUGGAAUGCCAACUUCCUACAGUUUAAACAGCACAUCUGUGGUGUUGCCCUAAUCUCCCAUAGCUGGCUACUCACUGCAGCCCAUUACAUUCCCAGCCACCUGAAUGCCUCCCGUUCUCAGUCCUCUGGGGUUCUCACUACUUGGACUCCCCAAGUCCCCAUGCCUUGGAGUAAGGCAGAUCAUCCAGCAUCCUGCAUAUACCAGCCUGGAUGAGUCUGGUGGUGACAUAGCUCUGUUCUUCUCCCAGCUCCCCAAACCCUCCAGCAGGCCAACGUUUCUCUCUUGUCCUGAGAGAUCUGUGAGACCCUCUACCACCAGGACUCCCACCAUCCUCUUUAAGGUCCCUGUCAUCGAGCACGACAUGGUCUGUGCUGGCAGUGCAGAGGGCACCGCAGACUCCUGCCAAGGUGAUUCUGGGAACCCUUUGUCUUGCCAUUUAAAGGAUCAAUGGGUGCUAGGAGGUAUGGUAAGCUGGGGGGAGGUCUGCGGAGCCCCCAAUUGCCCUGGCAUCUAUGCCGAUGUGGUUGCCUUCACCCCUUGGAUCAUCACCCUUGCUCCUGAAGUACAGCAGAACCUCAUCCCUUCAUUUGCCUCAUUUUCUGGCCAUUCAGAAUCAUCCAUUCUUUUUGGUCUAGUCCUAGUGAUAGCAAAGUUUCUGCUUGUAGGGCUGCAAACUGGAGGGAGGAGAGAGGAAAACGAUUCUCUCUCCUUAAGAGAAAGUUGUUUGGCCUAGAGAAGACAAGUUAAAAGGGAGAAUUCAACUUGAUUCAACAAUCAUGUAUGAAACACUAAUUAUGUGCAAGGCAGUGGUGUAGAUUCCAGGUAUAAAGAAGCAUAAAUUAAACAGUACUUUCCUCAAGGACCUGGGAUACAGUACUGGACUUAAGGAGAGAGAAAGAAAGAGACAGAGAGAGACAGACUUACUAGUUGUGAUGCUCCUGGCAAGUCAUUUAGCAUCUCUGAGCCUCACUUUACUCCUCUGUAAACUUGUUAUGAAACUCAAGUGAGAUAAUGUAUAUAAAGUACUUUGUAAAUUAACUUGAAGUGCUAGACGUGCUAAAGGUCCAUUGUUAUUAACACUACUGAAAUAGAAGGUUCUCUCUCCUGUGAGGAGAGUAGAGAGCUUGGAUGGGAGGAUAGAUAGAUAGAUAGAUAGAUAGAUAGACAGACAGACAGAUAGAGCCUUUAAGCAUUUACUAUGUGUCAAGCAAUGUGCUCAGUACUGGGAUAUAAAUGAAAGUAAACAAGACAGUUCUGUCUUCAAGGAGCUUACAUUCCAACGGGGAAAGACAACACAUAAAAGGGGAACUGGGAGGCGGGGGUAACCUAUGGUAGCAUAGCUGGAAAGCUGGACAGGAAGUGCAGGGAGGCCCGUCCUCCACCCCCAAUAUAAGGUUCAUCUCUUAGAGCCAAGGGACUCGAGGAUAGAAUCCAGGUUACCUGUAGAGAGGAAAUAGAGGUGAUGAUCUAAAUAAGGAAGGCAUGGCAUGGAGUGGGCCCAAACAGACAAUGCCUGAACUAGAAAGACAAUCCUCAGAGGAGAGAUUGUUAUCAGUACCACUCUCUCCUUCCUAGUUUCACUGCAACUGCUCUAAAUUUGGUGGUUUGGUGGUUAUUAGAAAGGCGGGAGCACACACACACACACACACACACACACACAUUUCCCUCUUCUGUAAAAUAAGGAAGUUGGGCUGAAUAAUCUAUAAUGUCCUUUACUACAUUCUACAAUUCUAUGAAUGUCACUUCUGCUAUGGAGGCUUUCCAGAUCCCCUUAGUUGUUUUUCAGUCAUGUCCAACUCUUUG